CGGAAGGUCGUCCAUCCUUCUGCCGCCGGAAGGGAUAGACCGUUGGCGCAAUGGCGCGGUGGCGCCGCGAGCAAACCGGCGGCCGAAGCAAAGCACCACCAUGCCCUGAGCCUCCCCUUCCCCACGCGCGCGCAUCGUGCAAGGAGCAAGCACUAGCUACUAAGCUAGCAGCUAGAGCGCACGAGGCGGGGAUGGAAUCCAGCCGGUGGCCGCGGUCGGCAAGGCAGCGCCGCGACGCGACAGGCCGAUUCCUUCCGUGCCGCUGCCGCAGUCGCCGCCGCUCGACUCCCCCUUAACCGCACGCCACCUCGCCCAGACCCCGCAGCCAUGGUCGCCGAGCCGCCGCACCACCACCACCAGCAGCAGAUCGACGAGGAGGAGGCAUGGAGGACGCGUCGCUCGAGCACACGCCCACCUGGGUCGUCGCCGCCGUCUGCUUCACCAUCGUCUCCGUCUCCCUCGCCGCCGAGCGCUUCCUCCACUACCUCGGCAAGGCACUAAAACAUAAGAAGCAGAAAACGCUGUUUUCAGCUCUACAGAGACUAAAAGAAGAGUUAAUGCUUCUUGGAUUUAUUUCCUUCGUCCUGAGUCUCUCUCAGGGUUUUAUUGUUCACAUUUGCAUUCCGGAAACUGCUACGCGUUUCAUGCUUCCAUGCAAGAGAGAGAAUCACAAAGUUGCAGAAAAAGGUGGCAUAGUUUGCAAGAAAAAGGGUGAUGUUCCCUUGUUAUCACUGGAGGCAUUGCAUCAGCUGCACAUAUUUAUAUUUGUACUUGGCUUUGUCCAUGUUGUUUUCUGCGCGACAACAAUAUUGCUUGGUGGAGCAAAGAUAAGAAAAUGGAAGCAUUGGGAGACCAGAAUUCACAGAGAAAUACAACAGAAAUUACAGCAAACAGAGCAUCCAGGGAAAGUUACACCACCGCAUGUUUUGCUACAUCGUGAAUACCAGGGAGAAUUUGUUACUGAUCGAACAAAGGGAUUUUGGACGAAGCUGGCUGUUGUAAGCUGGAUUAUUGCAUUCUUGAAGCAGUUUCAUGAUUCUGUGAGUAAAUCAGAUUAUGUAGCCCUUAGAUCAGCAUUUGUAUUGAUACACUACCCACGGCGCCCAGACUUUGAUUUCCACAAGUACAUGACCCGUGCCCUGGAACAUGAUUUUAAGAGGGUUGUUGGUAUCAGCUGGUUCCUGUGGCUAUUCGUCAUCCUUUUCCUUUUGCUGAAUAUAAAUGGAUGGCAUACAUACUUCUGGUUAGCUUUCCUGCCUCUGUUUCUCCUGCUUGUUGUUGGCGCAAAGCUACAGCACAUCAUUACUCGGUUAGCUCAAGAGGCAGCAGCAUCGCUAGCCGACGAAACGAACCAAGUCCCGAAAAUAAAGCCAUCCAAGGAGCACUUCUGGUUUGGCAAACCUUCGAUUGUCCUUCAUAUUAUCCAUUUCAUCCUGUUCCAGAACGCCUUCGAGAUUGGUUUCUUCUUCUGGGUCUUGGUAACAUACGGGUUCAAUUCGUGCAUCAUGGAGCAGAAGGCUUACGCCAUUUCGAGACUUGUUAUUGGUUUGAUCAUCCAAGUGGUGUGCAGCUACAUCACCCUGCCGUUGUACGCCAUCGUCACUCACAUGGGCGGAGACAUCAAGCUGGAGGCGCUCGGCUCGGGCCUGCACGAGUCCGUGGCGAACUGGGCCACGGGCGCCCGGAAGAAGGGCCGCUCCGACACGAGCCUCCGGAACUCGCUCACCGCUAAGAAGACUGACCCCGCCGCCGCCCUCCCUGGUGCGGGUGCUGGUGGCAACGAGGUCGCCAUUGCGCGGGCGCCCAACGAGCGGUUCGGGAGCUCCCGCAACAUGCUGGCGCUGGCGGCGGUGUCCGACGGCGACGAGAUCGUGUCCGUCGUCGUCCACGACGGCGCCGACACCCGGAGGUGAACCUGCCGAGCGGCCGGGCGCGUGUAACGCACCGCACCGGCAACCCGUGCCGUUGCAAGGGGGAAACGUGGGCACGCCGAAAAAUUUCUGGUACUCACCAUCACGGCAUCCUUGUAAAUCCGUACCGGCGGUCGGUCGGGGACGCUCUCCGGCCGGCGGGCAGGCGUACGUCGCGACAUGUUGUGUGAGAUGCUACAAGCCGUGUUGGCCUCAGAUCAGAUCACCCCACGGUACCUGCUCGUCUUCCUACGAAUCAAAUGACACGCUGUACGUAGUACGUACUCCGGCGCGCGCGCACGCGCAUCAGACAUUCUCUCCCAAUUAUUGCCGACUCGACUCGACGUGGCGGCCGGCGUUGGCGUGGCUAGGGCAGGCCGGCGCGCGUACGUUUGCGUGCGCAUGUAGAGAAGGUAUCUCGUCUCAUGCAUCCCGUCCAUCUCGAGCACGCACGCACGCACGUCGGCCGCGCCUGCGCCUGCGCAUGCAUCGAUCGUGUCAGGGACAUGCAUGCAUGCGUACGUGCGCAGCCAGCCUGC